UUGGCUGAUUAAGCACGUUAUUUAGUGGUGGUCAUAGCUCCAUGCUCAUCUUCAACUCCGCGCACGUCCAGGAGAUCUCAGUGCUUCCCCUGGCACCAUUCACUCCUCCUCCGCAACGAUUGAUAGAUUGACUUCUUUGGAUUGUUCUCGCAGUAAUGGCUGCCAGCAAUCACAUCUCAUACAUGCGCCAAGCGCUCGACGAAGCCCGCAAAUCCCCGCCCAAGCCCAGCAACUACCGCGUUGGCGCGCUCCUCAUAGACGCCUCGUCCAGCACCGUAAUAGCUACCGGAUAUACAUUAGAGCUACCAGGAAACACACACGCAGAGCAAUGCUGCUUGCAGAAAUACGCCGAGUCUCACGGCGUCUCAGAGGAAGAAGUCGGCACGGUGCUACCCGAGGCUACGAUACUGUAUACGACCAUGGAGCCGUGUAACCUCCGAUUAAGCGGGAACCUGCCCUGCGUGGAGCGGAUAUUAAGGACGAGGAGGAAAGACGGAACGCUUGCGAUAAGUACCGUUUACGUCGGCGUCAGCGAACCCGAGAAAUUUGUGGGGGAGAAUCAAGGGCGGAGGAGACUGGAAGAUGCUGGAGUGAAGGUUGUGCAUGUUUCAGGGCUGGAGGAGGAGAUUUUGGAAGUGGCUACCGCUGGUCAUGAGAAAUGAUGACUUCGACAGACAUAAGAGCCGAUCACAUUUCCCAGCCAAUUCGAGAAGAGACUCGUCUGUUGCGUCGUAGACCGAUUCCUGAUGUCCUCUCCUAAUAAUGCACUGGCUACGCCAGCUAUUUGCGGGCCGCACCGCUACGGGUUUGCAGCCAACGAGCUGCGUUGUUGACUGCGGCUGGACGGGGCCCAUGGUCUCGACUUGGUGUUGACUAAGGAGUGUUGAUCAAGGACAGGCAUUUGCAAAGUUCGUCGGUAAUCCAUCGAGGAAAAAGUUCAUAAAAUGCCGUAUAACUCAUUAUUUCCUCGGUCAUACGAAUCCAUCUCUCAAAUACCAACCCCUUCCAAACGCCGAACACUCAUCACAUAACCCAAACCCAUAUCAGAA